ACACCCAGAAUGCAAUUUUCGUGGAGACUUCCGCCUCCGAGCAAGGUAGCCAUAUUUCUUACUUCGAAUACAAAAUCCUCAAAUAUCUUCUGCAUUGCGUAAUGCUUUAUGCAGUUUACUGAUGUAGAGGAAAAACUAUUGGCUAUUUAGCAAUAACAUGCUCUGAUUAUUCGUUUCAACAGAUAAACAAGCAGCUUACUAACGUCCUGUAAGAAUAGCAGGACCGAGAAGCAUUCUGUCUGAUUUUGUCAUGCUACAAAAUCCUAAUCAAACAAGAAAACCAGUGUCUGCACCUGUUCCAAUACCGAGAAAUCCUCAACCGAACGCCAUAUUUUUAGAAGGGCUUAAGUCGGCUGGACAAGUUCCCCAAGUAAACAGAGGACCAGAGAAGCCAACAAACGUUCACACGAGCCAACAGGCAAACUACAACAUUUCAUUUGGCACCAACUCCAAUCCAAGUCAGAUUCAACCGUCAGUUAGUGGCUCAUCACAAGUAGAAGGCGGGGGGUCGGUUGGCGGCCAAGUAGGGCAACCCUACAGUAUGCAAAUGUACUCCGGUGCUGCUCCUCCUCCACGAUCGAACCAUCCUAUUCCUCAAAGGUUCGUUAAUCCAAAUGCUGGUUCAGGGAGUGGAGGAAAUCGGGGACAGCGUCAGCCAGCUCAAACGUACCCUCCUCCUCAGCAGCAACAGCAGCCUGGUUUUAUGGUACCUUCACCUUUUAUUCAACCAGCACAGAUAUUUAUCCCACAACAAGCGACUUAUAUCCAAAAUACACAUCGUAUGCAUAACCCAAAUCAGCAGCCCCAACAAUAUAUUCAGCAGCAAGUACAGUAUCCUCAAAAUUACGUUAGCAGUAAUUCCCAACCGCAGCAAUUGCCAUACAUGAAUCAGCCUUAUCAGUCCAAUUCGUACACUCAACCUAACCAGCAACAUCAAUCUGUUGUUAGCCAUGUAACAUCGACGCAACCGCAAAACAAUCCCUAUCAACAGCCUGCUCAACAUCAAAUGCUUGUGCAAAAUCCGCCUCAACAACCCCAGCAAAGGGAGAAAAAAAUAAUACGGAUAAUAGAUCCUUCUACUGGAAAAACACUUAACGACGAAAUUAGAACAAAUCGAAUGUCUUCGCUUUCUGUCACCUCCACGAAUCAAGUGGAAGAAGUCAAAGAUCAAACUACUGAAGUUGCUGAUGAUACAAAGAGUAAAGUUUGUCAAGAAUUUGCAGCCUUAGUAGCAGCCCGGUGCAAAACCGAUCAACCUCAGACAAGUCAAACCGAAGAUUCCAAAAGUGAAGAAUUAGCAAAGAAUGAAGAAGAAGCAGAAGAAGAAGUAAUAGUAGUUGAAAAACCUGAGGAGCCAAAAGUGGAGGAGAAGCUUGAAGAAACUAAGGAAGCAGUCACUGUUGAGCCUGAGGAAAAGCCAGAUGAAGAAGUAAAACCUGAAGAACAAGAAACAAUAGUGGAAGAAAAACCGGAGAAGACAAUUGAGGAGAAGUCAUCCGAAACUGAAGAUAAAGAUAGUUCAAAAGGAAAGAAGGCUCGUAAGAAUAAGGAACAGAAUAGUCCUACAACGAAUACUACCGGUGCUAUUGCUGUCGACAUUGAGAUAAAACGGGAGGAACGACCUUCGCUUUCUCCACCAACUUCCGAGAUACCAGAAGAAAUUAAGGCUUCUAGUUUGGUUGAAAGUAGUCCUGAAAUAAACGAUACAAUUAAGAAAAUUGAAGACGAAGUUUCUGAGGAAAAUGGUGUCACACCAUUGUCUGAAUCUCCUCAGGUCGUUACGGAAGACGAUUCCGAAAGCCAGGAAAAGCCUGUUGACGAUGAAACAGAGGACACUGAUUUGCAAAGAAGCGACAGUGAAGAGCAGUCUACAGACCCGCCAUCUUUAAAAUAUGAUUAUAAAGAAAAUCAAUGGAGUCCGUUGAAUACUGAAGGAAAAAAACAGUAUGAUAGAGAGUUUUUGAUGCGUUUACAGUAUGAUGAUCUAAGUAAGAAGAAACCGGACGACUUGCCCAAACUAGACAUAAUCCUUACCCAACCUAUAUGCAAUGAUCAAUCAAAUACAUCAACCGGAAUGGAAAGACAAGACUUUCUUCCAUAUUUCCAACAACAGACACUUACUUCUGGGAGAAUGUCUGGUUCAAUGCACAGACAAAAGUCUAGAGAUUUCAAUAAAAAUCGAGUUGAAUCUAGAAAGGUAAUCCAAAUUUCUAGAGAAAAGGAGGUUCAGUUUGUGAGAACUGCGAACGCUUACAGACCCCACUAUCUAGGUGAUGGUUCUGAUGAAGAUAGGCAUGAUGAGCGGUUAUUCAGAAACGUUAGGUCUAUGUUGAAUAAGUUGACACCUCAAAACUUCAACAGUUUAAUCAAUAAAUUUAAGGAGUUGGAAAUUAACUCAGAAUCUAGGAUGGUUGGGGUCAUUAAACUGAUUUUUCAAAAGGCUAUUGACGAGCCAGCAUUUAGUGUAGCUUAUGCCAAUUUGUGUAAAAGUUUAUCUAAUAUCCUAACGAAUACUAAAAUGCAAUCCAAGGAGGGUAAAGAGUUUACGUUCAGAUCUGGUUUGUUAAACCGCUGUCAAGAACAGUUUGAAAAGAAUAGAAAUGAUGAUGAAAUUCUUGAGAAAAAGAGGGGUGAAUUGGAACUGGCUGAAAGUCCAGAAAAACGAAAAGAACUCCUUAUGGCUUUAGAAGAGCACGAAACUGUUUCGAAGAGGAAAUAUUUAGGAAAUAUUCGGUUUAUAGGUGAACUGUUCAAACUAAAAAUGCUAACUGAGAAUAUCAUGCACGGAUGUCUAUUUGAAUUGCUCAAAUCUCACGAUGAGGAAAAAUUAGAAUGUUUAUGUAAGUUAAUGAAAACAAUUGGCAAAGAAUGCGAUCAUAAACAGGCAAAGCCUAGGAUGGAUCAGUAUUUCACUCAAAUGCAGAAAAUUGUUGAACAAAAGAAAACCUGCUCUAGAGUUAGGUUUAUGUUACAAGAUGUUAUUGAAUUAAGAAAGAAUAUGUGGGUGCCAAGACGUGACGAAAAUGCUCCCAAGACAAUCGCACAAGUUCGUGAAGAAAUGGAAAGGGAAGCUCAAGAAAAAGCUGUACAUCUGAACGCAGCUGCUAAUAACGCCUCUAAGAGGAGGUCUAUUCCCAAUAUUGUCUCUGGAAUGAAUAAUCGUCACAGUGCUAGUGGUCCAAAUGUGGGUGAUGAUUCUGGAUGGCAUAAUGUCCAACACAGAUAUAACUCACAGAGAGCUAACGAAAUGGACCGAAGCAGAAUGAUGAAUAUUGCUUCCCAACAUAGUAAUAAAAUGACUGAUGGUAAUAUUCAAUUGGGACCUAGCAAAGCUGGCUGGGGAAGAGGAGCAAGCGGUGGACGCUCUCAUAAUAGUAGUCAAGACGACACAUCUACAACCUCUGGAGCAAACAAGUUUUCUGUUUUACAGCAACAUGAUGAAUUAAGACCUGCCGCUCAUAUUAAAGGUGCUAGUCGAUCGGCUCAACUUCCACCUAGACAUCAAAGUAAAUUUAGCGGACAAUCAAGAGGACUUAAUUCCAGACCAAGUGCUGAGCAAGAACGUGGCAAGAGGGAAGCCUUGGAAAUGGCAAGAACAGUGGCAACUCCACCAAGGGGCAAUAGCAGAGAAUCAAGUAGAAGUAGAAGUGGUCAGCGUGCUCCAAUUGAUAAGGCCACAUCAGCCGUAUCUGUAGAGGUACCGGAGAUGUCUGAUGAUGAGUUGGAGAGAAGAAUUAAGACUUUGGUAGAUGAAUAUAUACAAGUACACGACUUAAGUGAUACUAAGGAAUAUGUUAAGGAAAUGUUAAGAGCAAACGUUAAAUCCGACUCUAUUGUCAAUAAGAUUCUCCUUAGUGUUUUAGAGCGUUCGACUGAAGCUCGACGAACUAUCGGUGAUAUGUUAAACACGCUGAUGAAGGAUACCGAGUGUAUUGUAAAUGCUCAGUGUUUUACCGCAGCUUUGGAAUCAAUUUUGGAAUUUGCCGAAGAUAUGGAAAUUGAUGUUCCUAAAAUAUGGGGAUACAUUGCUGAAUUAAUUUCUCCUACUGUUGCUUACAAAGCUGUUCAGUUGACAAACAUUUUUGAAGCCUGUCUGCCAAUGCGAAACCAAAAUAGUAGUAAAACAGGGGAACUGUUUGCUGCACUAUUGCACCAAUGUGCCUCUAUGAUUGGGCCUAGCGAAGUUUACAAUAUGUGGCAGAAAUCAGACUUAAAAUGGGAAGAUAUUGUUCAGAAUGUAGAUACAUUUAUUAAUGAUAAUCAAUUGGAGUUUACCAUUACUGGAGGAAGGAGUAGAAACAGCAGCGAAAUGCGACCAGUUAAAGAAUUGUCAAAUGGCAUACGAGGUAUUUUUAGAUUGAGCAAAGCAGAGGAAAUGUUUGCUUGGAUUGAGGAUAACGUUACCGAAGAAGGUGCAAAAAGUGAAGAAUUUAUAAGGAAUUUGGUUUAUGGUUUGUGCGAAGUUUGCACAGUUGGUUAUGGCGCAAAAGCUCAAUUUGACAAAAAUAGAUACAAAGAAGAAUAUAAAGCGAUACUUCAGAAGUAUCUGGACUCUGAUAAGGAACGAAUGGAAAGAUCGGCUCUGCUAGCUGUACAAAAAUUUUCAAACGACUUAGAACAUCCACCUAAUUUGUUUGAAACAGUAAUGGAACAUUUAUAUGAUGACGAUUUGAUAUCUGAGGAGGCUGUACUUGCUUGGGAUAAGGAUGACAAUAAUGAACCUGGUUUUGGAGUGUGCAGGGCUGGUUCCCAAAGAUUCGUUGAUUGGUUAAAGAGUCCAAAUGACAAUGACGAAAGUAGGUAAUGGGCAAAAUAUAAUAGGCAAUUUUCAAUUUUUUACGGCUGCUGUUGGGGAAUUAAAUUUAUAAUUUGCUCAUAUUUGGGUUAAAAGACUAUUUUGACGCUUUUCGACACUGUGAUUGAACUUUGUUGGCGCUGCUGUUUUCUUCGCAUAAAACGAUUCAAGUAAUUUGAUUUAGUUAAAUGUUACUAAAUUAAUUCAUAGUAAACGUAUAAACUUAUUGCGAGUAUUAUGAAAUCUAUAUACAGCCUAUAUAUAUAUAUAUAUAUAUAU